CCUUUCUCUCCUCCAACCUCUAUUCACUCUCUGACCCCCAUCUCUUUCCCCUUAUAAGUGUGGUAUGAGUCAUUGGGAAAUGAUGGAAAAAAAAGGUCUUCAUUACCUCAUUGCAUUUCUAUAUAUGUUCCUUCCCUUUUCUCUGCUACAAGUCUUCACGCAAUCCUGAAAACAUCCAUCUUGAUCAUUUCCUCAAUUUUUCUUUGUCUUUAGUACUACUACUACAACUACUUCCACUCUCCCUUUCCUAAUUUUGCAUAUUUACAUGCACUUGCUACUGUCUUCUGGCUAUACAGAAUUAUAGAAAAGCAAAAAAAACUUUGAUGAUUUGUUUGACUAUGACUACUGAUCAACUUCAGAGUUUAGAACCUGAGAGCAGUUCUAACUCAAUAUUUUCAUUCUCAUCAUCCCCAACCUCCCCAUUAUCGCCAAACACAGCCUUAAAAACAUCACAAAACCAAUCAAACAACAGCAACAAUCAGGAUGCAGAGUCCAAGAAAAUCAAGAGAAUCAGAGAUAGCAGCAAGCAUCCACUCUACCGCGGGGUGAGAAUGAGAAACUGGGGCAAAUGGGUAUCCGAAAUUCGUGAGCCCCGGAAAAAAUCCCGCAUUUGGCUGGGGACUUUUCCUUCGCCAGAAAUGGCUGCCCGGGCGCACGACGUGGCGGCCUUAAGCAUUAAAGGCACGUCUGCAAUAUUGAAUUUUCCAGAACUGGCGGGGUCGCUCCCGCGGCCAGCAUCGCUCAGCCCACGAGAUGUCCAGGCGGCAGCAGCGAAAGCUGCAGCUAUGGAAAAGUUUGAUUCUCUAUCAUCUUCAUCGUCAUCCACGUCGUCCACGUCACCAUCGUCGUCGAAUGGAAGAACGGCCGCGUCAUUGACCUUGUCGUCGUCGUCGUCAUUAUCAUCACUAGUCUCGGCUAUAGACUUGUCAACCACCUCAGAGGAAUUGAGCGAAAUUGUGGAGUUGCCAAGUCUAGGGACGAUGAGUUUUAACGAGACAUCAAUGGAGCUGAGGAAUGAUGAUUUUGCAUAUUCUGAUUCGGUAGAUGGAUGGCUGUAUCCUCCUCCUGAUCAGCAGCUGUGGAUGAUGAGCAGGAAUGGUCAUGAUGAUCAAGAUGAUCAAGGUGGAUUUUCGAGCGGCUUUGAGUCUUUGUUGUGGAAUUAUUAUUAGUUAGAUAGUUAGUGAUGGGAUGGGAUGGGAUAUUGGUGAAUUUUUCAUAUGUGGGUGGGCUUGUUGUUGAUUAAUUUUUGUUGUGUGCUGGUGUUGUUUGUACAUGUGUGAUGAAUUUUAGCUCAUCCUACUUUUUCUUGGAGGGCUGAAAAUAAUCUCUCUGUCUCCCUCUCUCUCUCUCUCUCUCUCUCUCUCUCUCCUUGUCUGCUUGCUUCUGUAACCUCUUCAAUGAAUCUAACUGUACAGUGUUAGAAGCCAAAGAGAAAAUGUCAUAAAUUCC